AUGGCACUUACUACGAUAGACAAGGGAACGGUGGAAUACUAUUAUACAGCAUUAUUGAGGAAGUAUCUAGAAGACAGAAAUGCUUGGGCAGACGGGCAAUUCGAUACUUUAAUAUGGAAAGAUAUGAAAAGGGUUUUUGAAGGGUUCAAGGAAUAUAUGAAGGCACAGUCGCCGGCAAUAACAGCCAUGUGUCACACCAACCCGGCACGUGCCGAGAGCGAAAAUGCGGACGCCGCGGAUAUGGUUGUGUGCGAGUAUAUAUUAAAGGCUUUGCAUUAUCAGCAUGGUUAUUUUACUCAGGCUGAAGAUAUAAAAGUGCAUGGGCACGACAAGGACGGUAGGGAGCUGAAGGCAUGUAUGAGAUCUAUAAUGGGAGCUAUGUAUAUGAAGAAAGUAUAUGAUAAAAAAUGUGUAAGGACGGAAGGACUUCAAUAUGCGAUGGACGCAUGGCACACCUUCAGACCAACCUUUGAUAGUGGGCGUAGUGUAAGUAAGUGCAAUAUAAUAAAUUGGGAUAACAUGAGUAUGGGGACAACGAACGUAGGCCACAAAGUUAGAGAUUGGAUAGGAGACACAGCGGACAUACUGGACACUAUAUGGAAGGGUGUGCAGGAUGCAGGGUGUCUCAGCCAGAAAGCAUUGAACGAUACCGGGACAGGCCAGCAAGACCGAACAAGUAGUCCAGAUGUCACUGUAAAGUCAGCAGUGCAGGAAGUAGUUCAGGAGCAACAGGACAGCGUGCACAAGGUAACAGAGAAACUUAAGGAUGAGCACGCACGGAACAAGCAGGGUAGAGCCCCGGCACCACAGGGUACACAUUCUCACAGAACACCAGCGGACAAGGCACAACCGCCGGCAACCACACCACCCGCCCCUGAACACCCAGUAGCUACAGCAACGCCGGAAACCACACCACCAACGGCACCGCCCGUUGAGACGCAACCCGCAG